UAUUGAGUCCUUGUUUGGCAGCAAUACAAGGACUGAGAAAUUGAAGAUGAUAAUAAAAAGCUCUGCCUCUGCAAGUGCAACAUGUGUCAGUGCCCCUAUCCCUUAUCCAUCAUGUAACAACAUGUUUGCAACUUGUUCAGCAGCAUCUAAAAUUACAAGAAGACCUCUAUCUCUGUCUCUCAUCUCUACCACCUUCUCUGCUUUCAUCUUCUCACUUCCUUCUCCUCCUUCCUCUUCUUCUCCCUCUCCUUCUCCAAAAUACCCCAUAUCAGACUUCUUUGAGCUCCCAAAUUCUGGUGGUGUUAAGGCUUUGGACCUCCUUGUUGGUUCAGGUGAAGUUCCCGCAGAUGGGGACCAGGUUGCAAUUCACUACUAUGGUAGACUGGCAGCAAAACAAGGAUGGCGCUUUGACUCAACCUAUGACCACAAAGAUGACAAUGGUGAUCCUAAUCCUUUUGUCUUUGUCCUUGGCACUGGCAAGGUUAUUGCUGGAAUUGAUGUGGCAGUGAGAUCAAUGAAAGUAGGUGGUAUUCGUAGAGUCAUCAUACCUCCAUCCCUUGGGUAUCAAAAUACAUCACAGGAGCCCAUCCCACCUAAUUUCUUUGACAGGCAGAGGCUUUUCACUACCAUUUUUAAUCCAACUCGCCUUGCAAAUGGAGAAGGCUCCACUUUAGGGACACUUGUAUUUGAUAUUGAACUGGUUAGCCUGAGGCAUCAGUGAAGUCAACAUGUAUGAUCCAGCUAUCCAACUAGUAACAGUCUACAUGGACCAGUGUGUAUAUAUAUAUAUAGGUCAAUAAAUUGCAGGGUGGUAGUGUUCAUGAAUCCCCAUGCAUGAUCUUGAUUAUGCAAUGCUAAGAUCAGUUUUUGUCUUUGCCAAUGAUAAGAGUAAAGCGUUUUGCUUUGUCAUAUUGAUUUUGGUGUAUUAUAGUUUAUGUAAUUAUAUCAUGUUGCCUGCUUGAUAAUUAGUUUUGCACUUCUGCUCAAAAUAAACAGUGCCCUUUCAACCAUAGCUGAUUUU